CAGCCCAGUUUUGUUGGAUUCUGUGAUUAGCCACCGCGUCGACAGCCUCUGCUGCGUACGUGCCAGAGGAAAACAGUCGCACCUGCACGCAUAAAUACACAUCGAUUCGCCAUACAUGUUAUUGGUUGGACCAAGAAGCAGCGUCUUCUUCCUCCUCAGCGCUGGAAACCAUGGAGAAACCAUUGCCAACUGCACCCUACCACUCCCUCGCACUCACAGAGCCCGUCGUGCACCUCUUCAACAAGACCAUCUCCAUGGGGGUCGUCCUGAAGAAUAAGAUAUCCAUGGGGUUCCUCUUCCGGCACCCAGCGCCGUGCGCAUCGGGGGUCGUCGAUCGUGUCAGACCCGGCGACUCGGCCGACGCUAGCGAGGCGCCCGAGUUGACCAGAGAAGACGUGGAGACGGUGAUGGAGAUCAUUACGGGCAUGCCUUGCGGCGCGGACGGUGAGCGGCUCGAGGCGCUGCGUGGCGUGUUCGAGGGGGAGGAGCCGAGCUUGGAGGAAGUGGCGGAGGCGUUCUCCGUCUUCGACUAUGACGGUGACGGGGUCAUAGAGCCCCUGGACCUGCAUCGUGUUCUCUGCAAGCUGGGCUUCCCGGAGGGGGCGGCAUUGGAGGCAUGCCGACGGAUGAUCGCGGCGUACGACGAGAACGACGACGGGAGGAUCGAUUUCAAGGAGUUCAUCAAAGUUGUGGAGGGCAGCUUCUUUGAUUAAUUAUUCUUCCUUUUCUUCUUGUCGUCAUCAU